AGUCACAGAAGCAGGAUGCCCUGUACCAGUCGGCCAAUGAAGAUGAGGUGGCGAGGAUCAACGACGUUGCUGGUCAUCUUCACCGAGACUGGACGGCGGUCAACAGCUCUUACACGGAGACACUUGACCGGUGGAACAAGGCCAUGGAGCAGUGACGCCAGUUCCACACUGACAUGAAGGAUAUGGCAGUAUGGUUAGACACCGCUGAGACCAAACUGGCCGACGCCAAGCAGACUGACGAUAUACAGGCCAGUGACAGAGUGUUCACUGAACUGGAGAAUAGUGUGCGUGUCCAGCAAGGCACAGUCAACAGUAUGAACGCUGCCGGCAAUGAGAUCAUCCGACAAUCAGCAGUACCUGAUGCUGACCGACUCCGUGACAAGCUGGCCGCCAUCAACCAGCGAUGGAGGGUUGUUUCCACAGACGUCACCGAGAGACAUGAUCGGAUUGAUGAAGGAAGCGUGAAGACAAGCGAGUUCACUGAUGACAUGGAUGAACUAUUCUUCUGGAUCGAUGAGACCGAGAAUAUUCUGUCCUCCACCAUCCGCCCUGACGAGGAGUACCUCGAGGACCUUCUAGAGAAGGUCAAGGAUCGUGAAGACGACAUCGGACCUCGACAACAGAGUCUGGAUGCCGUUAACAGAAACGGGAUCAAGAUGUUGAAGACGGAAUCUCUGUCCAAUCAGGAUUCUGAGAAUAUCCAGAAGGAUCUACAGAACCUCAACAGUCGAUGGAAGAAGGUAAUCAAGGAUGUUCCCGACAAGAUCCAUGAGAUCGAGAGCUACCUGCGGCGCCUCCGACUGUAUGAGGCGGAGACAUGUCAGCUGCAGUCAUGGAUGACAGAGACCAAGACACUUCUGGAGACCCAGUCCGGCCCUAUCUCAUCAGCUACAUCUGCAGACGGCAACGACUCCGUCAUAGUAGACCCUGAGACAACGAAGGCUGCGAUACAGAAUCGGCAGGUGAACGUGGACAACGUGAACCGCAUGUACCACCAGUACGUGGAGGAGUGUGUUGAGCAGGGCGGCGACAUGCCCUCCAACAUCCAGACACAGAUGAACAAACUCAACUCCGACUGGGAGGACAUUCGCAACCUCGCUGACAACCUCAAAACCCGCCAGGAGGCUAUGGUGGAAGAGAUUUUCACCCAAGUGAAAGUGAUCCAAGCGGAGAAGCAACAAUCGUCGGCGUGGCCGGACUUUGACAGGUCUGUGGGGGAGCUGCGAGACUGGCUGACAGUUCUAGAACGGAUGUUGAAGACGCAGAAGGUGACGGUUGGAGACAUCAAGGACAUCGAGCAGAUCAUCAGCAGAGAGAAGGCGAUCCUGCAGGACAUGGAGAAUCGGAGGGCCCAGCUGGACAGUGUCCUGAGUACCGCUGACCAACUGCAGCGGCAGACCAACAGCGAGAAUGACCGCCAGAUGCUCCGAGAAAGAGCUAAGAGACUCCGUGAACAUUGGGACGAGGCUUUCAGGAAUGUCAAUAGACGUAAGAACCUGCUCGAUGAUAUGCUUCUUGAGUGCAGACAGUUUGACGAGCUGUAUGCCGAAUUUGAGCGAUGGCUGUCACAGAUUGAGGAGGAGCUGGAUGCUCGUCCAAUCAGGCCUGAGUCUCCAAAUGAUGUAGACAGACUUCUGAAGGAGCACAAGAAGCUGCAGGAGGAGGUGAACCAGCGACAGGAUACCGUCGACAAUCUCAAGCGACUGGCGGAAAAAUUAAUUGAUGACUACAAUCAGGAUGACACAAGACAGGUUCGACUGCAGUUGGAGAGACUGACCAACCGAUGGUCAACACUCUUGAACAGACUGACCAAUAACUGGAAGGCACUGCAGGACAACCAUAACUCUCUGCAGCAGUUCGACACGUCCAUGGAGGAGUUCAUCGCCUGGCUACAAGGGAUGGAACACAGCUUCGUGCGGCUUGCGGACGAGACUGCCAAAGAGGAAGUUCGAGAAAAUGAGGAACUUUGUAGCGAAUACUUGGAGCAGUUUAGGGACUUGCAAGCCGAAGUCGAUGGCCACCAGGGGGCGUAUGAGUCUCUGAACAGUGCAGGCAACCAACUGGCACGCGGAAUGGGAACGUCAGAUGCCCAGAAACUGCACCGUCGCCUUGAGGAGAUGAAUCAGAGGUGGCUCAGCCUGAUGACCAAGAGCAUGGAGAUCAGGGGUCGGCUGGAGAGCAAUGCAGAGCAGUGGAUGCACCUGUUGCGGACGCUGCAGAAUCUCAUCAACUGGAUCCUGCAGCGACAAGAGGAGCUCCAGCAACAGCAGCCAAUCGGCGGAGACCUCAUCAGCGUGCAGCGCCAGCACUCCGAGAACCAGAGGCUCCAUGAUCAGCUGAACCUGAAGCGCCCCCUAGUGGAGCAGAGUCUGGAGGCAGGUCGUUUUUACCUUCGUGAAGAGGGUGACGACAAGAGACUCAGUACAGACAGCGGGGACAGUAAUGAAACAGACGAGGGUUCUAUGACAGACGUGUCAGCUGACAUGGACGCUCGUCACCUUAUCAAGAAGAUCCGGCGACAAGUUCGACUGCUCAACAGAAAGUGGAUAGAGAUUAACCAGAGAAGCAACGAGUGGCAAUCGAAGAUCGAUGAAGUUAUUGAAAAAAUGGCGAUGUUCCAUGAAGCAAUGGAGGAUCUCAACGGCCACCUACUGCAGGCUGAGCAAGAGAAAGCCAAGUGGGUGUCAGUCGGCGAUAUCAUCAUUGAAAACCUCCAGGACGAGAUUGAUGCAACGAAGGCCUUCCAACAAAAGGUUGCUCCCAUUCAAGGGGAGGUUGAUCACGUCAAUGACGAAGCUAAUGAUCUUCAAGCAGCAGACGUCAUCCUGUCCCACGUCAAUGUUCGUAAACUUGAAGAUUUCAACACAAGGUGGAAGGCCUUACAAAUAGCGAUAGAAGAUCGAUUAAAGCAGUUACAAGAAGCUUAUCGAGAUUUUGGUCCAAACUCUCAACAUUUUCUCUCAGUAUCUGUGGAGUCCCCCUAUGAGCGAUCUGUGUCAGGGAACAAAGUGCCUUACUAUAUCAAUCACACAACCGAAACCACCCAGUGGGACCACCCCGAGAUGUCCGCCUUAAUGCUAGCACUCAAUGAGUUGAACAAUGUCAGGUUUGCUGCCUACCGGACAGCGAUGAAGUUACGGAUGCUGCAGAAGAAACUAUGUAUGGAUCUUGUGUCCAUGAACACGGCAGCAGAUUCCUUCGACCGCCAUGGCCUCCGUGCACAAAAUGACAAACUCAUGGACGUCAUUGAAAUCAUUAACUGUGUUACCUCCAUGUUCGAGGUUGUGGCCACCGAACACCCUACUCUUGUCAAUGUGCCCUUCUGUGUUGAUAUGGUGCUAAACUGGAUUCUAGAUGUCUACGACAUGGCAAGGAGUGGCAAGGUGCGGGUGCUGUCUUUCAAAAUAGGAAUUAUCAUAAUGUGCAAGGCCCAGCUAGAAGACAAGUAUAGGUUCAUUUUCCGCCUGAUAGCGGACACAAACGGGUUUACAGAUCAGCGCAAGCUGGGACUGCUUGUCCAUGAUUGUAUUCAGAUCCCCCGACAGCUGGGUGAAGUCGCAGCGUUCGGAGGCAGCAACAUUGAACCCAGUGUGCGCAGCUGUUUUGCUAAGGCCAAUGGGCGGCCUGAGAUUCAAGCUUCUCAUUUCCUCGACUGGUCCAAGAUGGAGCCCCAGUCGUUGGUGUGGCUGCCUGUCAUGCACAGACUGGCAGCUGCAGAGACGGCCAAACAUCAGGCAAAGUGCAAUAUUUGUAAAGAAUUCCCAAUCGUGGGAUUCAGGUAUCGUUGUUUGCGGUGCUUUAACUUUGAUGUCUGCCAAAACUGUUUCUUCUCUGGGAGGAAACACAAAAGUCAUAAGCUGACACAUCCUAUGCAAGAAUAUUGUACUGCUACAACCUCAGGAGAAGAUAUGAGAGAUUUCACCAAAGUUUUCAAGAACAAAUUCAAGUCAAAACGUUAUUUCAAGAAACAUCCUCGCCUCGGUUACCUCCCUGUGCAGACCGUGUUGGAAGGGGACAACCUAGAAAGUCCUUCUCCCUCCCCCCAGCAUAGUAUUUCUCAAGAUAUGCACUCUCGGCUGGAGCUCUAUGCAAACAGAUUGGCAGAGGUGGAGCAGAGACAAGCAUCGUCCACACCUGAGUCGGAGGACGAGCACAACCUGAUUGCCCAGUACUGCCAGAGUCUUAAUGGGGACACAACCACACAUGCUUUGAAGAGUCCAAUGCAGAUCAUGAUGGCGGUGGAUUCUGACCAGAAGUCUGAGCUGGAAACAUUAAUCAAAGAUCUAGAAGAAGAGAACAGAACAUUACAGGUUGAAUAUGACCGUCUGCGCCAGGCCAACAAUGCCCACGAGGGGGAGUAUGGCACGUCGGAAGAUGGUGACAGCAACACAAGUAGGGAUGAGGAGAUGAUUGCAGAGGCAAAGUUGCUACGCCAACACAAGGGUCGUCUGGAGGCAAGAAUGAGGAUACUAGAAGACCACAACCAUCAACUAGAAGCACAGCUACACCGUCUACGACAACUGCUCGACCAGCCUCCAGGAGAACCCCGCACACCGCUGUCACUCAAUUCAUCGUCACGGACAACCCCAAUGACCACGCCCUCCUCUUCUAUCAGCUCUCUGCCGGGGCCCCCACGAUACAGGUUCAAUCCCCAGCUCGAGUCCACACCGAGGAUAAUAAAUGGCAAUGGAUAUGCAGCUGGUACAAGUCGUGAUGAAGAGCUAUGUGAUUUCUCAGGGGAACCAAAUGCAUCUUUUAAUACAGACAGGUCAAAAGGUGCCAACAAUGUGGGUAACCUCUUUCAUAUGGCAGGGCAGGUUGGGAAGGCUGUCGGCUCCCUUGUCACAGUUAUGACAGAUGAAGAUGAAAUUGCUGCCAUUGAAGAGUCCAAACACAAGGAUACAAGAAGUGCAUUCUCAUAGCAACAUUUGCAUUUUCAUAGCAACAUAAUCAUGAUCAUAACAUCAUUUUGAAACGAACAAUUGUACAGAAAUGAAAAGUGGUUGUGACGUUUGUAUCCAGUGGUCACAAUGCAACAUACACUGUUAGUCCAGAGUCCUGCAUAUGGAGCUACAGUACUGACUGACAUUGGUCAAACGUUUUGUAUUGUGCCCUUAGCUGAAAACCCCCGCAGUCAACUGUUUUGUGUUGAAUUGAGUUAUAAUGACCUUAUGUUUUAUGUGAUUUUAGUGGUUUUAUCAACCAGAUGUUACAUCCUAUGUACAAUAUCACCAGAUUCCUACAAACUUGUACCUCCGUUUUAAUUAUUUAUCUUUCGUUAUCAGCAUUUUGUUAUGAAAGUGGUAAAAAUAUUUACCCUGUUCAAAUUAUAAUGCAUUUAGCUCUGCCUUUUCAGUGUACCAUAUACAGAUUAUAGCAUUUUAUAAAUGUACUGAUAUUUUUACUAUUCUAGAAUGAACUAACAUCAUAUUAAGGCAUUUGGGUUUAUCAUCCGAAACUGUCCACUACCAAUAUUUCAGUUUCUCUCAGUGAGGAUUUGAAAAAUAUUUAAAAAAGUAUCUGCUAUAUUUUUCUGUUCAGUUUCCAAAUUUAAACAAUGAUAAUUCUGGCACUAGUCACUGCACAUAAAGAAACCUAUGACAGGUUGGACAAUUUUUUGGGGUUAUUUUGUAUGUUCAUUUAUUUCUGAGGGAUUAUUUUCAUAUAAUUUUUUAAACCCAGCACAUAAACAUAAUAAUUUGAAUCACAAAAACAGAAUAGUACCAAUUUACAAUUCCAAUUUAUGUGUUCUGUCAGAUAACUAUAACAUCAGAGCAACUUUGAAUUUGUCAAACAAUAAUCCCCAGGUGCCUGUAAACAUUAUAUUAAUAUUUGGCACAGAAAAGGCAGCAAGUUUCUCUCACUUUACUACAUAUACAGUGGGUUGCCAUAGAUACGUCUUAGAGAUAUUAUUUCUUCUCCAAGUCAGGAACUACUGCAUAAUUAUCAACACAUUCGGGGAGGUAUAUCAUCACAAGAAGUCAUGCAUAAAUUAAUUUCCUCAGUUAAGUACUUUUUCUGAUAUUUAACACGUCAGUUGUGAGUUUAUACUGCAAAAAAUUGUAAAAUCCAGAAAAUGCUCUGUUUGGUGAAGUAAGAUGCAUGAGAUAACCGCGUAGUUAUGUGAUGUAUUUCAUCCACGACUGGCAAAAACUGACAUCUGUUUCCCAAUGGUCUUCCAUUUCUGAUGCACAUUCUGUGUGUUGUGAUUGACAUACAGAAUCCAUCAACAUGUCACUUUUAAAUAUGUAAAUAAUAAACAAUUCAUCAUGUUAGGGGGUGAUCCUUCAGUCUUGUUUCUCAUAAGUUUUAACAGUGCCAAACAAGUUAUUUCAUGAACGUGACCAGCUAUCACUUUUCAUUACUGUUUUAUUAUACACUAAAGAGGUGACUUUUCUAAUGCUGGUUUUCAACAUGGUGUCUACCUUGGUCCCCCAGAGCCCCCAUUACUGAACUUUAAUCUGGGUGAUGCUGAAUACUGAUUGACCAUACAAUGUGACCUACUGACUAUGUGAAUUAUAGAUAUUUGUAUCAGCAAUAAAUGUGUAAUAUAUUGUAUUUAAACCUU